AUGACUGAUGCGGUCGGCUCCCACGAGUCUCAAAAUGCCACCCUCCCAAAAACCGCCGACCAGGCAAACACCAACGAGUCACCGAAUGCACCUGCCAUCGUUCCAAAAUCUGAAGAAAUGACCUCGGGUUCAGCACCUGCUGAAGGCGCCGUUGACCAGGUCAUGCCUGAUGCACCUGUUGAGGCUGACGCAGAUGGCGAUUCGGAGGCAGAGACGUUGAUUCAGUCACCAGAGAAGCAGCGGAACACCACUGAUAACACAUCUGUAGCAGGAUCGGCAAGUCUAACCAGGCCCAAAGACGGGGAUUCGACUGCUGAAGCUACUGCGACCGAAAAUGACAACAGUUCCAGAAAGCGCAAGCGUAGUAUUGAUGAUGUUCAGGACGGUCCCGCGUUUUCCACCUCCAGUCGUCGCAGCUCACCUUUAUCAUCGCCCCGAAUACCGCCGCUUUCCCAAGAUAGUGAUUCAGACGUAUCGGUCCAUAUCGUAUCGCCAAAGCCAAAGGCAGCGCGACGGAAGCGUGAACACGAUAUCGCCGAUCUGGGUGAUGCCGAAGGCAAGCCAGUCAAGAAUCAAGGUAGCAAGCGUCGCCCAAGCGAUAUCCUGCCUCCGAUAAGCAAACAUCGCACAAAGAAUAGUAGUGGCGGAGUGGACCCAACCUCGUCAGAACGCCGCGAAACCAGGUCAGCUACUUAUCCGCGUCAUUCUUCGCAAGACCGCUCUCCUUCGCCAAGGCCGCAAAGGCGGGAGCAUAGGCGUGGUAUAUCAACCCAGUUGACGCUUGGCGAUGUUGAGAGGAAAAAGCACGGUCGAUCUUCGACAGUUCUCAUUAGACGAAGUGGUUCGGCAGACAAUAAUCGUGACCGGUCGGUCUCUUCGGACGUGUCAGAUUCCCCUCGACAACCACGACCAGCGCUGCUGCACAAGUUCUCGUCUGCCGAGCAUGAUACCAUGUCCCCGGCGAAAGCUCCUGCUGGCCCUCGCAAGUGGCGUGACAAGAACGGUAGAACCUUCCUGUCACGGGCCUGUAGUAAUAAUGACCUGGCUGCAGCGAAAGCCAAAUUUGCCGAAAGACCAGAGGAUCUCAAUCUUCCAGACAAUGCAGGCAAUACUCCGCUUCAAAUCGCCGCGCUCCAGGGCUAUGUUGAUAUUGUGAGGUUCUUGCUGGAGAAGGGAUGUGAAGUCGAUACUCGCAACAUCGAUAGAGACACAGCACUUAUCGAUGCGGUUGAAAAUGGUCAUGUUGAAGUUAUCAGACUUCUCCUUGAGUAUGGAGCGAAUCCGCGAAUGGGCAACGCUAAGGGCGAUGAGCCGUACGAACUCGUUCCUCAAGACGACGAAAACUAUGAACAGAUCCGACGGCUGCUUGCCGAAGCGAAAGAGAAACCUAGUAACAGGCGUGUGUCUUCUGAGCACAACGACAUGGGUCGAGACGGGAAUUCAUCAAGAGCAGCGUCUGCUGCUAGUCCCCGCGAUUCACCGCCUUUGAUGGGUCCCAGAAGCCCUCCGACUGCUUAUGGGAGGCGAAGAACCGGUCGAAGCGAGUCAACUCGAAACGAUCUUCUCUGGCAAGCAAAUACUCAAGAAAAUCUGAAAAAGUUGGCCGGAAAGGGGGAUGUCCAAGGCGUGGCCAGCAUCCUCAACGUGCUGCAAAAAGCGGACACCGAAUCUUUGAUAGCGGCGGCCAAAGCAGGGCAUGAAGAGGUUUUGCAGCUGAUUCUGGCGAUGGGUGAUCCCGAAGCUGACCCCGACCCAAUUCGGAGCCUCAGACCUGGGUACAACACCCCUAUGCUUGCAGCUAUUGGAAAGGGACAUCCAGAAGUUGUCGCACUUCUCGUUGAGCAGUUAGGUUUCAAUCCUACGAGGAAGAUUCUUAAGGGGAAGACUUAUUAUGAGAUCUCUGCGGAGCGAAAAGGUGAACGAUGGCAGCAGGAAUACCAGAUCCUGAAGACUGCGUACGACAAAUUCGUGGCCAGUCACCGAAGAUUAAGCUCCCCACGAGCUACUAGAGAUGUGGACAAGGCGAGAGCUCGCGUUCCUCGUCACUCUCAGUCUCCGGGCUCCAGCAAACUGCAGAUUUCUCCAAGCCCGACAUUGACGCACAAACAUUUAGUGGGGAAGUCACCACGUUCGACAGAGAAAGAAAAGGACCGGGAUUCUGGAUUUGGGGACGGUCCCGACAAGCGCAAGCAGCAUGCUUCGAAGCGAGACGUCGCAGACUCAUCUGUCGCGGUCUCCUCUGAUCAGGAUCACACCAUACAUAUUUCUAGAAAGGCUUAUAUCAAACGACGGAGUCAGAGUGACUUGCCACCUCCACCCAAUCUGGACUCUGAGGUUACACAUCGACGAAGACGACUCGUUACAGGUAAAGAGCAUCGCAGCCGCAAGAGCAAUCUAGAUAUGUCAUCAGAUGAAGAGCUCAUAGUGACGGUGAAGAUGGAAGACAGACCAAGUACGGCGGUGCUCAAACGAACCAGAGAAAGCGUGUCACCGGGACCGGCAGUAACUGAGGAGGGUGACAGUGAUCGCAACGCUGCCAAGAAGCGGAGGACCGUUAUCGAGAGUAGUCCGGAAGAAACCCGUCCUGGUCCCAGGAACCAGAACCAUCCCUCUUCAUCUCCAACUCUUUACCGCAAAACGGAAGAGAGUAUUGAUGUGAAGAGCCAGAAACCCAAAUCUGAGUCUACCGUGCAGGGAGAACUGACAGAAGCCAUGGAUACUGACAGCCCUGAACGAGACAUAUCGUCCGACACUAUUGAAGUUCCACCGCUGAAGAGCCUUCGCCCUGAUGCAGAGCUUCGACGCGUAGUGACUCCUGAACCCAUCAAAACCGAGCCGGUCGAGACGGGUCCAUCCGAGACCGAUCUUCAGUUUCAACGAGAAGAAAGAGCUCACAAAGCUGAAGAGGCAAGACGACUCGAAGAAGCAAGGCAGCUUGAAGAAGCCAGGCAGCUCGAGGAAGCUAGGCACCUCGAAGAAUCCAGGCAGCUCGAAGAGGCCAGGCAGCUCGAAGAAGCUAGGCAGCUUGAAGAGACCAGGCGCGAAGAGGCUAGGCGACUCGAAGAGGCUAGGCAACGCGAAGAGGCUAGGCGACUCGAAGAGGCUAGGCAACUCGAAGAGGCUAGGCAACUCGAAGAGGCUGGGCGACUCGAAGAGGCCAGGAGGCUUGAAGAGAUUCAACGACUCGAAGAGGCAAAGCGACUCGAAGAGGCUAGGAGGCUUGAAGAGAUUCAACGACUCGAAGAGGCUAAGCGACUCGAAGACGAGAGGAUUGCGGCUGAGAAGGCAGCAGAGGAGCGAAGGCUUGCGGAAGAGGCUGAGCGCCGCAGAAAGGCAGAAGAAGAGGCUGCUCUCAGGAGGAAGGAAGAGGAGGAGCGGAAAGAGCGCGUCAGGCGUGAGCUUGAAGAAAGACGACGCAAGCAGGAAGAGCAGCUCAGAGAACAACAAAGACGAGAACGAUUGGAGGCUGAACAACGCCGUCGGGAAGCGUUACCAGCGUUGCUCAAGCACUGCGCCCUGCUCAUUGACAAUAGCGAUCCUAAAGCCAGAAGUGAACCCUGGCUCAAGCUCUUCUUGCCAUUGUACACUGUCAAGUCUGCGCAGCUUGACCCCAAUACUCCGGAUGCCAAUAGGGACGACCUCUGGGUGCCCAAUUUUCAAGUUGCUGGAUUGCUUGCGACCAAAGAUUUGAACCUACGAAGCUAUACUUCUCUGGAAAGAAGACCGGUUACACCACACGAACGACAACGUCUUUGGCAAGUAUCGAGGAACAACCUAUCGUACGAGUUUCAAACCAACCAGUACAAUACGACGAUCAAGAUGGCUAUCCAGCGCGAGCGAGAGGAGCGACCAAAGUUCUUUGCCAUGGAGGAACUUUUCUGGGUCAAGCUCUCUGGCUUUGAAGAUCAGAUCUUCCGGCAUCCGCACCUGGCAAACCUGAAUAUCAGGAAACAGCCCAUCUCGCUCAGAGUCUUUUCGUCUCAGCAGCAGAACGCCGGCGAGUUGUCACCGCAGAGUCCCGCUGCAUUUCCAGACUUUGGUAAUAACGCAAAAUCAGCCCAGUUGAUGAAUGGCAUCAGUUCCCAUGUGGCGCCAAUUAUUAAUGGCAACGGAUCUGGAUACGCUCGUUGA